CACGUCUACAUCUGUAAGUUGAAUUGGUAGCGGUUGACUUACAUGUUCAAAAAUAGGUUUGGGUAUUAUUCUGAGACAAUUGAUUAUAUGAAGACAUCUUCCGUGUGUGUGUGCAAGUUGCUGUGGCCCGCGCUAAGAGUACACGCAGGGCACCGCAAGAUAAAACGAAGAGACAGCCAGGAUAUCCUAAGUUCAGGUGCAAGGUCAGUGCGGACGACUGAAAGCCAAGGCAAGCUUGUCGAUAAUCCAUCGACCCGUAAGAUUUCGAAGAUCUUCUUUUCCUGCAGGGUUGCGCCAUUAGUUCGCGAUCGAGGCUUCCACGUCGCCCUAGCAGGGGAGCUGAUGCGUCCAGGAUUCGAUUUCCAGAACCCAAAGUGUCGCUGGCGUGUAGAGCCCAAAGGCUGUCUCGACGCGAGGCGGGCGGCCCGUACUUCGGCCAGAACCUUGGGCACUCAAAUCAUCCGGAUUGGCGGGUGGCUAAUUAAGAUGCGUGGGGAUGGUGAAGGGAAGCUUGAGCUGGCCGGAGGAGAACUAUUGCGGUUGGGUUGCCGGGAGCAAAGCUGCUAUACGGCAGCGGAAGGCGAACGUUGGGCCAAGUCAACGAGAUCGCAGCAACUCCUCCGCUCUCUUGCAAACUGGAGAUCUCCGAUUCCCACGGACUUUUCCCAGGGCCCAAUCGGAGUAACGCCUUCUUUCCCCACUGCUGGUCGAAUAAUACCUUCGGUUCCUGACAAAUCUUUUUCUUUGGUUGCCUCUGGCGAUAGUUUACUCAAGGAGUAUCUCCGUGGCUCGCUUCCUACACGGGUUCUCCGUCCUAGUUGCCUUCUACAGGCAAAUGAAGUGUGGCUGGCAACGCGCAGCGUUAAUUGGCAUCCGACCUCAGCGAUCAUCGCCGUAGCACCCAAUCUACACACUAGCCACUGCACUGCAAUUGCAGCUUCCGGGAUUCCAAAAGGCCAGACCCAUUACUGCCUGGGUAGGAACACAAAAAGUGUGCAUGAGGCACACCCGGAUUCCGGGAAUUAG